GCCGCGCGCGCGCAGCAUGCCCUCCGCCAGACACCAUGUGGACGCCGCCGCCGCUGCCGCUGCUCGCCCUCGUCGCGCUGGCUGCCGCCCCUCUCCGGCUACACGCUCAAGAGUCCGCCUGCUGUUCCUUAGCUACCGGCUCAUGUCGUUCCGUGUGCCAGGAGGUGUCGCUGGUGAGGAUAGCAGCCGACGCCGAGGAGCGCGAGCGGGCCGUGUCGCGAGUCUCCGCCGUCUGCCCAGACCAGCUGGUUUCCUUCUGGGAAUGCAUGAACAAGACAACUGAAGACAUGGUCCGCGGGGAGGCGUGGUGGGGCCGCGAGUGCUGCGGGCUGCCGCAGUCCGCGGGCUGCCAGCAGGCGUGCGUCACGGCGGCGGCGCGCCCCGACCUGGCCGCCAGCUGCCGCCACAGCGACGAGGUCGCCUUCUUCGCCUGCCUCGACCGCCAGCAGGCGGGCGCCGUGUGCUGUGACGACGCCGCGCCGGAGACCUGCGCCUCUGCGUGCCGCGACGCCUUCCGGGAGACGGGCGCCGCGGGCGAUGUGCCGUGCUGUGAAGCGGCGGAGGAUGCGGGCUGCCGGGAGGCGUGCAGGCGGCUGCUGAAGACUCGCGCGCCCGCGGAGGACAUCGUGGACGGCCUGCAGGAGGCCGGCUGUGGACCGCCGCUGCCACAUUUCAGCGCCCACUGCCUCGAGGACUCCGCCGAGGUCGCGCUGCUCACCUGCGUCCAGGAAGUGGAGGAGCCGUGCGAGCUGGGCUGCGGCGGGCUGUCGUUCUGCGCGCCGGUGUCUCGGCCGCUGCAGCUGUUCCGUAGCUGCGACGCGCGCGCCGACGCGGCGGCCCGCGCAGCCGUGUCCCUGUGGUCCCGGCGCGGCGCCGCGCCGCUGCCGCUCCCGCUGCCGCUGCCGCUGCCGCUGCUGGACGUCCGCGCCUGCCGGCCGCACCUGUGGCGGGCCAUCGCCUGCGCGCUGCACCUCGCGCCCUGCCACGACACCACGCGCUCCCUCACCAUCUGCAGGAGACGCACGUUCGCCCACAGGGAGGACUGCGAGUCGCUGCUGCAGAGCUGCGUGGACUGGCGCCGCGCCGCGCCCGGCCUCUCUCCCGCGGCGGUGUGCGCGCAGCUGUCCGCCGGUGACCGGCCGUGCGCGCCACUAGAGGCGCUGCUGGCGCCAGCGGGCUCCGAGGCGCGGGUGGCGCCACAGGACGCGCUGACAGCGCCGUGCCGCGGCAGGCCGUGCAACCACAGCCGCGCCUGCCUGCCCAACAGGGACUGCGCCGCCGGCCGGCCCUGCCACACGCAUCGCUGCCUGCCAGGGUGCCGGCUGGGAGAGGUGUCGCAGUACGUGGUGCCGGGCGACACGCUGGUGGUGGUGCCGCAGAGCACGGGCUGCGCCAGGCUGUGCCGCUGUCCCAGACACGGCGGCGCCCUGCACCGCUGCGAGCCGCUGCCCUGCGCCCCGCCGCAGCCCUGCUGGAUAGGCACCACGCGCAUAGAGCACAACUCGCAGUUCUACCUGGAGUGCAACCUGUGCGCGUGUUCCUCCGGGGAGCUGACGUGCACGCGGCGGCAGUGCGACAGCAGCGCCGCCGCCUACAGCGGCCAGCCGUGCAACUGCCCGCCGGUGUACGCGCCGGUCUGCGCCGCCAGCGGCGUCACCUACGCCAGCGCCUGUCUCGCCAGGUGUGCGGGCGCCGGCGACGGCGAACUGGAGGCUGGCGCGUGCCCGGAGCGUGACCCCUGCUCGCGGCACGCGUGCCCCCGCGGCCAGCACUGCGUGCCGCUGCGCAGGGCGUGCCUGGAAGGAGCGCCGCGCCACGCCUGCCGACAGCACCACUGCGUGGAGAAGGUGGAGUCGUGCAGCAGUCGGCCACACGACCCCGUCUGCGACACCGAGGGCGAGGAGCACCCCAGCCUGUGCUUCCUGCUGCACUACUGGAAGGCGCUCGCCUACCGCGGGCCCUGCCUCAAGAGCUGCUCGCUGUCUGGCGCCGUGUGCGGCGCGGACGGCGUGACGUACCGGUCCGAGUGCGAGGCGCUGGCCGCGCGCGUGCCCCUCGACUACGCGGGCCGCUGCUCCGGCUGCCGGGACCUGCGCAGGUGUCCGCCACUGGCCAGGCAGGGCUGCCAACCGCUGCGCCCGCCCGGCGCCUGCUGCCCUGUCUGCGCCGGAGCCCUCAUCCUCCUCUACAGCCGCAAACAGGUGGAGCUAUCGGUGCAGGCGGUGCGCGGCGACUCGCAGGCGCUGACGGUGCGGGCGGUGGUGGCGGCCCUGGAGCGCCUGGUGGCGGUGUCGGAGUGCGUGGUGCAGGGCUACGCCGGGGUGGGCCCGCAGCUGGUGGUGGUGGUGGCCGCGCGCACGCCGGGCCGCGCGCCGUCGCACCUGCAGCUGGAGGCGUGCGCCGCCGAGGCGCGCAAGCUGUCCGCGCUGGUGCGCGCGCGCAGCCCCAGACUCGCCGCGCAGCUGCCACUCAGUCUGCUGCUCGCCGCGGAGGACGUGACGGCCGCGCCGGAGACGUCCUGCGCGCCGAAGCCUGCCGGAGCCGGCGGCUGGCUCCUCGCCUUCACUGUCGCGCUCUUCCUCUCUGGAGGCUGCACCAGGCUACAGGCGUCAGUGGAUUAA